ACUACCACAUCUGCUUCAAUGACAACUGCUGCUCCAACUACAAGCACAGCUGCUCCAACAAGUACCGCAGCUGCUCCCACAACUACCACAACUGCUCCAACAACCACCACAGCUGCUCCAACAACUACCACAUCUGCUCAAACAACAACCACAUCUGCUCCAACAACUACCACAGCUGCUCCAUCGACAACCACAGCUGCUCCAACAACUGCCACAUCUGCUCAAACAACAACCACAUCUGCUCCAACAACUACCACAGCUGCUCCCACAACGACGACAGCUGCUCCAACCACAACAACAGCUACUCCCACAACUACAACCACAGCUGCUCAAAAAACAACCACCGCCACUCCAACAACUACCACGGCUACUCUAACAACAACCAUACCUUCUACAACAACAACCACAGCUGCUUCAACGACAACCACAGCUGCUUCAACAACUACCACAGUUGCUCGUACAACUACCACAGCUUCUACAACAACUACCACAGCUGCCACAACAACCACUGCUAAACCAAUGACAACAACUGCUGUUCCAACAACUACCAAAGCAUCUACAACAACCACUGCUGCUUCAACGACAACUACAGCUACUCCAACAACUACCAAAGCUACUCGUACAACUACCACAGCAUCUACAACAACAACCACAGCCAGUCCUACAGCUACUGAGACAACAGCAACUACAGUUUCACAAACAACUUCCUCUGCAGUCAAUUACAAAUCAAGUGUCCUGCUUAUUUUACCCCUUUUUUCAUUUUUCCUAUUAAAUUAAAUGCUUGACGCUUACUUUCUUCCCAUUCUAAAAAUAAUCUGGAGAUUCAACUUUUUUCUCUUAAUGUAUUUAUAUUGAUUAUGUAUAUUUUUAUGAGCUUUUAUUGUGUCUUUUAGUACAUUAAAUCUAAUCUUCAAAUGUAAUACAAUGGUUAUACAAUGUAUCCUUAAAUUAAUUGUAUAUGUUUCUGGCUCUAAUGUAUUUUAAACAUGCAGUAAUAGAAUGUCUUAAGUGUUUUAAUAUAUAUUUUUUAAAUGCUACCAUUUCUAAUUUAAUAUUUAUUCUUUCAGUUGGAGCAUAAUAUAACUUAUUGAUCACGUGGCACAUAUGUUAUCUUUUCUUUCCCUUUCACAUAAAUGUUCCUACAAUUUAUUAUAUGUAAUUUAUCUAUCAAUGAUUAAAAAGCUCAGCCUGAUUUACUAGAUGUUUCUUUUUUUUUUUGCUUUGUGUGGUUAUAUAAUAAUUAAAGGUUAUAGCUACAACUUCUUCAUCAAAAUGGUAACAGUUUU